GAGGCCAUGUCUGCGGCAGGAACAGCCUGGGACUGAGCACAAAACUAACCAACACAAGCUUUUUCCGCCGCCUCGAAGAUCACGUCUCCAUCAGGAUCCGCGCUCAAAUCUCGCGAUAUUACCCAGCGAUCCGCUACGGCCCCGCGUGGAUGUCAACAGAAAACCCAGGUCCCGCCUAUUCCACGUCCUACGGCCAAUAACGGGCUCAGAAGGGCUGAUUGGCGGGUGAGCGGGGCCAAUCAGAGGCGGGACAAUGGGGACCAGGGGAUGUGAUGCUUUUCCCUCCGUUUCCGUGGCCGCGAGCGACGGAAAUUUGGCGAAAAAAGAGAAAGUGCGCGUGUGCCACGUCUGAGAAAAUUCCAGAGUGAGGAGAGAGAGAGGAGGGGCGAGCGAACCGGGAGGAAGACACUUUACAUACGUCACAUAAAAAAAAAAACAGAAAAAGUAAAAGACGCAGAAAAAACACACAGAUGUGAACAAGUGAACGACAAGAAGAAAAGAUAUUUAAAACAAACACGCGGCUUUGAGAAAACACGUGACGUCACAGCGCCGCCCCCCUGCCACCGGGUUUCCAUAGUAACAACACAACACGAACACAGUGGAACCGGACCGGGACUGACCGGAGCGUUUAUUAUCGGUGAUAAUCAUUUAUUGGGCAUGCGCAGACACAGGUACUUCACCCCGGCGGAGGUGUCGGCUCACAACACGGCGGAGGACCUGUGGGUGUCCUACCGGGGCAGAGUGUGCGACCUGACCCCCCUGAUGGACCAGUACCGAGGGGACGUCCUCCUGCUGCCGAUCAUGGAGUCAGCGGGAAAAGACAUCAGCAGCUGGUUCGACCCAGAGACUGGAGACGUGUUGCGGUACGUGGACCCGGUGACACAUUGCCUCAGGUACUUCACCCCCAGGGGACGCUUCGUCCACGUCCCCCCCGCUGGUCCUCGCUCAGACUGGGACGCAGACUUUGGACAGCCCUGGUGGACGGAUGAGCGCUACCAGGUGGGACUGUUGUCCUCCAAGACCAGGUGGAUCCGGAUCAUCAACACCCUGACGACCCAGGAGACGAGGCUGGAGGUGAGAGCACAGGUGUGUUCAGAGGACACUCUGGCCCAGAUCCUCCAUCGUUUCCUGGACUACAACUCCCACGCCUCCAGCUACACCUGGAAACAUGAAGGUGUGACUCUGGACAUGAGCAGGACACUGAGUGAGAAUGGUAUCCAUGACGAUGACCCCCAGCUGGACCACCUGCGGCUGGACCGGGACCUGUACACCCCAGCCAUCCUGUUGUACUUUAAUGACGACCUGACAGAGGCCUGACCUCUGACCUCACAGGGGGACAUGACAGAGCAGCGUGUCCAAACCUGAGGACAAAAAAAAGACUGGAACAUGGACUGUGUCUGUGUUCUACUGAGCAAUGGUAUCUGUGAAUGUGUUCAUGUUAAAUGACAUUAAAGUGUCAGUUAUA